AUCUUCUCUUCUUUCAUAACCAAAUAGGAAAUAACUCCAAUGACUUUCACUUCUUAAAACUGUGUCAAUGGAGCUCUCCCUCUUCUCUUACCAUCAAAACAGCUUCAGUCUCCUCCACAAACCUUUCUUCUCACUUCCCAUUUCAGGGAAGAGAGUACCAAAGAGAGAUCCAUUUCUAUUGCAAUGUCACUGCACGUUGUCAUCAUCUUCUAAUGAUGAUGAUAAUAUAAAAGCAGCAAUUGUGUCUUUGCAGCAUGAGGCAAGAAGGGUAGUGCUUGGUUCUCUCCUCACAGCUGCUGCUGCAAUGUAUAUCUCUGAUGUGGCUGAGGCGGCUAGUACAAGUAGAAGAGCUCUUAGGGGAGCUAAAAUACCUGAGACUGAAUUCACAACUCUUCCCAAUGGGCUCAAGUACUAUGAUUUGAAGGUCGGCAGUGGACUUAAAGCUGUUAAGGGAUCUCGGGUUGCAGUGCACUAUGUUGCAAAAUGGAGAGGCGUCACGUUUAUGACUAGCAGACAAGGACUUGGUGUCGGAGGUGGGACGCCUUAUGGUUUUGAUAUUGGCCAAUCUGAAAGGGGAAAUGUGCUUAAGGGACUGGAUCUCGGUGUUGAAGGAAUGCGGGUCGGAGGCCAGAGACUGCUGAUAGUUCCUCCUGAGCUAGCAUAUGGGAAAAAGGGAGUACAAGAAAUCCCUCCAAAUGCAACAAUUGAGUUGGAUGUUGAGUUAUUGUCCAUCAAACAAAGCCCAUUUGGAACUCCUGUAAAAGUUAUUGAGGGUUGAUUCACAAUUUGACACAAACUGGGAAAAUUUAUACAUGUUUUUUUUUUUGUUCUCUUGUAAUCUCUCUCGAUUUGAUAUACUACUAAGAAAAAAUUUAAUUAUUUAAUUUUUUUUUGAA